UCUGGCUUAAAAAUUUUCAGUGGUACAUGGAAUAUCUUUUGAAUAAAGCUCCAAAUCCUAAUGAUGACCAAGAAGUCCUUUCCUGAUUGUCUCCUGUGUCUCUAUCCUCAAUUUCUACUACUCUCUCCACUUGGGCCACAUUUGAUUUCCAUUCUAAUCAGCAAAUACAUCUUGUUCUUCCCUGACUCAUAGUUUGAUGCCUUGGCUUGGAUUCUCUAAUCAGUAUCUCAGUCACAAGCCUACAACCGAAACAUUUUUUAGAUAGGGCACAGGACAGGCUAAGCAACUUGUUGAAGGUCACAGUGCUACUAACUCUAUUACUGCAAAACAUACUUAGAACUCAAUGUGGUGCCUGACAGAUAGAUGGCGGUCAAUAAACAAUGGUAGAAUAAAAGAAUACAUUUAGCACUCUUUAAAUAAUUUAACAUUAUUUUAUUUUAACAUUAAAAACAUGCGUGUAUCUGUACAUCACAUUUAUAAUAGAAAUAAAUUGUUUAAAUUUCAAUAAAGGUUAAGAUUAUUAAUGCUUUAGGGAAGUCAUUUUUUAAAAAUCGGUCGUGGGGCUUGAACUCAGGGCAGGGUCUCUGAGCUUUUCAGCUCCAAUUCCAAAGUUGUUUUUUUUAAGCAUACACACAAGAGUGAAGGUUAUCUUUAGAACUCGUUCACAAUCCUAGGAAGAUAACAAUGGUACUGUGAUUUGUCCUUGCGCGAGUUUACAAUGAACCUGUAAUCGAAGGUGUCGCUCAAACACAAGUUUGAUACACUCCGCUUUCCGUCGUCCAGCUCGUCCUGCCGCAGGGGCUUCUGGGGGUGGUAGUUCCCUGGUCGGCCAGCUCCGGUGACUGUGCUCGCGCGCGCUCCACCACAGAACUACUGAGAGCGGCGCGCAGGUGGCCGAGGUCUUCCGUCUCCCUUUCCCUCUCCGCCGGCGCGCCCGCCCUAGUUAUCAUGGCGGCUCCCUUGGCCCUGGUGCUGGUGGUGGCCGUGACUGUACGGGCAGCCUUGUUUCGCUCCAGUCUGGCCGAGUUCAUUUCCGAGCGGGUGGAGGUGGUGUCCCCGCUGAGCUCCUGGAAGAGAGUGGUUGAAGGCCUUUCACUGUUGGACUUGGGAGUGUCUCCGUAUUCUGGAGCAGUAUUUCAUGAAACUCCACUAAUAAUAUACCUCUUUCAUUUCCUAAUUGACUACGCUGAAUUGGUAUUUAUGAUAGCUGAUGCACUUACUGCUGUUGCCCUGUAUUUUGCAAUCCAGGACUUCAAUAAAGUUGUGUUUAAAAAGCAGAAACUCCUCCUUGAACUCGACCAGUAUGCCCCAGAUGUGGCUGAACUCAUCCGCACUCCUGUGGAAAUGCGGUACAUCCCUCUGAAAGUGGCCCUGUUCUAUCUCUUAAAUCCUUACACGGUCUUGUCUUGUGUUGCAAAAUCUACCUGCGCCAUCAACAACACCCUCAUUGCUUUCUUCAUUUUGACUACGAUAAAAGGCAGUGCUUUCCUCAGUGCGAUUUUUCUCGCCAUAGCAACAUACCAGUCUCUGUACCCAGUCACCUUGUUUGUGCCAGGACUCCUCUAUCUCCUCCAGCGGCAGUACAUACCUGUGAAAGUGAAGAGCAAAGCCUUCUGGAUCUUCUCUUGGGAGUAUGCCAUGAUGUAUGUGGGAAGCCUAGUGGUAAUUGUUUGCCUCUCCUUCUUCCUUCUCAGCUCCUGGGAUUUUAUCCCUGCAGUCUACGGCUUCAUACUUUCUGUUCCAGAUCUCACUCCAAACAUUGGUCUCUUCUGGUACUUCUUUGCAGAGAUGUUUGAGCACUUCAGCCUCUUCUUUGUCUGCGUAUUUCAGAUCAACGUCUUCUUCUACACUGUCCCCUUAGCCAUCAAGCUAAAGGAGCACCCCAUCUUCUUCAUGUUCAUCCAGAUUGCCAUCAUCUCCAUCUUCAAGUCCUAUCCAACAGUGGGGGAUGUGGCCCUCUACAUGGCUUUCUUCCCCGUGUGGAACCAUCUCUACAGAUUCCUGCGGAAUAUCUUUGUCCUCGCCUGCAUCAUCAUCGUCUGCUCCCUGCUCUUCCCUGUCCUGUGGCACCUUUGGAUUUAUGCAGGAAGUGCCAACUCUAACUUCUUUUAUGCCAUCACACUGACCUUCAACGUUGGGCAGAUCCUGCUCAUAUCUGACUACUUCUACGCCUUCCUGCGGCGGGAGUACUACCUCACACACGGCCUCUACUUGACUGCCAAGGACGGCACGGAGGCCAUGCUUGUGCUCAAAUAGACCUGGCUGGCACAGGGCUGUACAGACCUCAGAGGGGACAGACCAGAGGCUGGGCCAAGACUCCCCCAUCCGGAGUUGCCAGCAGGCAAGACCUCAGGCAGAAGAGGUUCAAGUCCAGGGUCACAAAUCUCUAGAACCAAAGGGCAUCCUUGCUGGGAGCAAGGCCCAUGGGGAGCACCUCUGAGCACCCUUGGACCCUCACUUUGUGGCCUGCACACCGAGGAAUCCCCUUCCAGGCAGGAGGGGCGAGCAGGUGAGCAAGGCUUAAUAGGUUAUGGCUUCUUAAUAAAUUUUUUGUUAUGAAGA